AUGGGAUCAUCUAAUCCAAAGAGAAUUGCGGAGGUAGCCGGUGGAGUAACCGCAGAUUGUGCGACGGUUUGGUGUUGUUUUCCUUACACGGCUGCAAAUUUAUUGACUCUUGUCAUGUUCAAGAUGCCUAAAAGGCUUUGUCGUAAGGCAUUAAAGAGACAUAGAAGAAGGGAAUUAGCUAAGAAAGGGUUGUUUCCUUUACAUCAUGAUCCUACAAAUAUAGUAAGUGAAGAAUAUAAAUUUAAAUGGGGUAUACCCGAAUUAGAAAGAACUAUUAAAAUUAUUCGUGAGGGUCAGGAGGUAACUUUUCUGAUUGGUGGGAGUAAAAUAAUGGAUGAGGAUUUGGUUAGACUUGAGAAUGAGAUGGCUUCUAAGUUUACUGGAUUUUGGAGGACCCAUUCACAAAGGGAGACUUGA